AUGCUCAAUACGAAUAUAGCGAAUAGUGAAAGAAAAUUAAGUAUUGAAAAUUAGCAUGCUCUGAAUCUGAAUGAUCCAAAUAACCAUAGUAUGCAAAGUUAAAAUUAUAAUAUUUAUAAAAGUUUAGAAGAAAAAGCAAGGCUACUACGAUAGAAUAAAUUAAAAUGUUUUGAGUGCUUUAUUUAAAAGAUAAAUCCCUUUUCAGGUAUGUCUUCUACACGAAGAACAAUAUGCGCAUUAAUAUCUAUACCAUUAUUUUUUAUGCUUAUCGCUAGCAUAAUUUCUUUUAUGAUUAUAUUAGAUUAGACUAAUUAAAUAUUAGAUCAAUAUAUAGACAAUCUCUACUAAACAAAAUAAAAUUAUUCUAGAAUUUAAAACAAUGCAAUAAUAAUUUAGUUAAAUAGCUAGCUUCAAAAUAUAGCAUGGAGCUCUUAUUGUAUAGAUAAAUUUUAAAGAAGUGUUUUAUUUUUAGACUAUUAAUAUAUAAACUUAAAUUUUAGUGUAGAUGCUUAUAAUAUAUAAGAAACUUUGCUUGAUCAAAAUACGCUUGAUUUUAUAAUUUAGUAAAUGAAAAUAUCUAGUCCUUUCUUCAGCUUUUGGCAGAAUAAACAAUAUAAUGAGGAUAAAAAUUUUACUGACAGUAUGGAGUACUUUCUAUACUAUUAAUCUGUAGUAAAUGUAUUUGUAAGACCAGUUUUGUUAAAUUCGUAUAAGAUGAAUCAAUUGUAUUCUCGAUAAAUUCAAAUUGCAGAUAUAUUUUUUGGUUCAGAAUACGAUGGUUCUUUUUUUUCUAAUUUUUUGAGUUCUGCAUACGAAGUGUAUGAUCCAACGAUGGUUUAAUCCAAUAAUUUAGUCUAAUAAGAAUAAAGCAAUGGCUGCCAAUACGUCUAUUUUCAAGCUAAAGAUAUUAGAACCUUUGAAUGGUUCACGAAAUCAAUUUAAACUAAAUAUUUAAACCCAAUUCAACCACAAGUUUAUCUAGAUCCAUGCUCAAAUAAAUUUAAGGCUAGUCUAAUAUGUCAAAGAUCAUAGACAUACUAUGUUCUAAGUAAAAAGCCUUUCUCAGUUAUGUGCAAUUCAUUUAAUAUUGAUAGUAUGGCUUAAUACUUUUCUGAGUAUUCGUUAUAUAGUGAUUUUAGCUUGGUUGUUGAUCCUGCCUCUCUCAAAGUAGUUUACUACUCAGCAGAAAACAGUACUGACUCGGCUUCGAUAAAAUUCCUGAAAGAGUAUAGUUUUUUUAUGGAUGACAUAGAUCCUAAUUCAGAUUAAUAAGAACCAACUUAUUCAAUUAUAAGUGAAAUAUAAGAUUAUUUCUCUUAAAUAAAUAGCUAAUUUUUUAGCUAAGUCAAUUUAUAUGACUCGUUUGAUACAACUCAAAGCUAAAAAGUAAUAAAAUAUACUAAAAAUAACUCAGAAUACGAAAUUAUUAUCAAUGCUAUAAGAGUUUAUAGCAAAAUAAAUUAUGUAAAUGAGACAAAAGGAUAUUAACUGGUAAAUUUAUUUAUGUUUUUAGACGUGCUUUCUAAAGAAACCUUGAUAUCUGAAGGAGUUUAGCUUAAAAAGGAUGUCAAUACAAUAGAAAUAAUUUUGAUUUCAUGCAAUUUGUUUUUUGUAGGUGCUUUUAUCUUGAGGGCGACUAAGCAUGCCCUUGAUAAAUCUAACCUGAUCGAUAUACCUAUUAGCAAUCUGACAGAAAUAUUAUAAACAAUUCAAUUUCAAUCAUUAUUACUCCAGACAAGAAAUAUCCCAAACGGCAUAGAUAUGGUUGAUAUAGAUAAUUUAAAUGAAAUGGCAGAGUCAUAUCAUUCAUAUGAAACCAAAAUUUUGUUUGAAAGUUUCCAAAAUUUAUUUGAUAUGUUAAGAUUCACCACACAAGAGCUUUAUUAAUAAAAUGAUGGGUUGGCAUUACUAAAUCUUUGCAAUCAAGUAAAGCAUUUUGAAAAAUUCAAAAACCUGAGAGCCUUAGGUAUAUGCCAUAAUAAUAUUGGAAAUAUUCAUUAUAAUAAUCAGAGGUAUAUAGAAUCCUUAUAAGAGUAUUAAAAAGCUAUCAUUUAUUCUUAAUAUGAAUUAAAAUGCUAUUAAGAACAGAUUUAGAGUGAUAUUUAAAAUAUCAAAACUAAGAAAUCUUCUUCUAUACAAAGCUCUAAAAUAACUGAUAAAGGAAAGCUAAAAGCCCAGAUAUUACAAGUUUUAAAUGAUGAGAAUUUAGAAAAUGGAUAGCUAGAUUUAUACUGGAAUUUGUUCAACAGAAAAUUCAAUUUUUUGAAGAGCUUUAUUAUGUACAUAGAAUCAAAUAAUAGUUAAAAUUAAUACUUUUGGGAAGAUGCAUUAGUGAUAAUAGAAGAAAUAUAUGAAAUAAGCAAUGUGUUUUUGAUUGAAAGUACAUCUAGAUUAGUUUUGCUCAAUCAUUUUAAGUAUUUAAUUCUGAAUAAACUCUACAAAAUAUCAAAUGAGUAAUUUCUAUAAGUUUCAUUAAAUAAUGAGUAAAUUAUUAGAAAUAUCCUUCAAAAUUAAUAAAAUGUUAAUUAAAAUGAGGAUGAAAAUCAUUUAAGUUUAAAUUCUAAUUAGAUUAAUAAAUCUCCUUCAACUUUAAGAGCUAAGUCUCCAGUCCUUUAAAAAUUAAAAGCUCCGAAUAAAAUUUAGUAUAACAAUACUUUUAACACCCAAUAAAACAUUUAGUAAACACAUUAUGAUAAUAAGCUCUCAAGUAAAGGAGCUUAAACUACAAGAGUAAGAAAUACAAAAAUGAGCCAAACUAGUUAAAAUAAUUAAAAUCUUAAUCUAUAAUACUAAUUUAUCGAUUUAGAUUCUAAAAACGCUUAACCCAAAAAAGAUCAUGAAUUAUUUUAGACUCAAUAGAAUUUAUUAUAUUAAAACGAGGAAGAUUUUUUUGGAAUUAAGCUGCUGUAGAAACUUCAAGAAAAUUAAAAAAAUUAAAGAGACCAUUCAUUUAACUCCAUAAAAACAAUAAAAGAGCACAAUUAAAAAAAUUAUGAGCAUUUAGAAUAGGCUUUAAUGACUCAGCAGACUCAGCCUCUAACAACAAGAUAAUUGCAUAAAGGAAUAGAAGAAACUCCAAAGAUGUAGACUCUUUUAGAAUUAAAUGAUGUACUAAAUACUAACUUUAAGGCUGAUAAUUAAGGUUAAGAAGCAGUGACUUGCUCUUAAGAUUAGAAAGAUACUUAUAAAAAUGUUAAUAAUGAGACUGAUUAGGACAGACUCUUAAUUACUCAACAAAAUUAAAAAGAUAUAUUUGACAAUAUAAUUGAAAAUGAUAAUCGAAUAAUAUUAGAUUAUGUACAAGAUAAUUUGUAGUCUGAACCUUCAAAUCGAUUGCCUAAAAUAGGAAUAAAUUCUCAAUUAAAUUAAAAAUUAUCAAGCAAUUAGUCAAGUGAUGAUAGGAAUUAUCUUUCAAAUGAAUAAGAAGAGUAGUUUAAAGAUCAAUCUCCAUCAUAAUCUCCUAUUUUAAACACAAAAGAAUACAUUUAUCCAAAUAUAUUUUUAUCACCACCUUAAACAACUAAGCUUUCACUUAUAAAUAAACACUUACUAGAAAGUUAGCUGUAAUAGCACCAUGAUAUUAAAAGUCAAAAGGCAUAAACUUUUAGUCAUAUCCAUCCAGAAAGAGAUAAAGAAGGAAAAGAAUAAAUAAUUUCUUUUUCUUUAAAGAAGUAAGGAGGACAAAGUUUUUACGGAAGAAGCAAGUAAGACACAUUUUAUUAAUCAGCCUAUUUUGUAUAACCAGAGUAGUAAACGAUUUAAUUUAGCAUAUAAAAUGGUUAGCAUAUCUCAAAAGAAGUAAAAGAAACAGAAAAUUUGGAAGUUAAUAACAUAAUAACCCCUCCUACUAAAGAUUAAAUUACUCUUGCAAAAGUUUCUCCACAACAGGAGUAAUUUUGCAAAAUUAAUAUAUAAAAUUAUCAUUAAAUUACAAAUUCACGCUUGAGUAGAUAAAGCAGUUUUAAUAUAAUUUAAAGAUCUCCUUUACUACAGAAAAAUUGCCUCUUUAAUAACUAAUUUAUUUUUGAGUCUAUGAAUAACUUAAAAAAAGCAUCUAUUUCUAGCUAGUUUGAUAAUUAAAGGUCUUCGUUAAAUAAUAAAAAAUCAAAGCACAUGGCAUCUCCUCCUUUGUUAAAAAUUGGCUCAUUCAGAAACUUAAAAAAUAAUUCUAAAAGACCUUCUAGAUUUUCAGUAGGUGAUAAAAACAUAGCUUAUUAUGAGUUUCCUGAAGAUAUUUUAUGCUAGUAUGUGUUGGAUGUAGAUUCUGACAUUCUAAUUAAGGAAGAAAAAUAUUUACUUGCAGCAAAGCUACUCACAACAUGCUUUGAAUAAAGCUAAGUUUAUUUUCCAUAGCUAAAAUACUCAUAAUUGUGUAAGCUAAAAAAUAUAUUUUUGAAGCACAACAUCAAAUCAGAUUAUCUUUCGAAUAUGAUUAACAGUUUUAAUCCAAAUAUAAAAUUUAAAAUCUAAUUUGUGUCCUUCUGUACAUCAAAUUAAGGAAAAUUUGAAUCUAUUUCAAUUGUUUAAGCAAUAAUAGAUUAAAUAAUUAUUAAAAAUGAUGACAAAUUUGGUUUUAUAAACUAUUAAGAUAGCUUGUUUCAAUAAAUAAUUCCAACUAUGACAAAGUUUAAUUUAGAGAAAUAUAAAAAAUUAAUAAAUAUGAUCAUAGAUGUGUUGCAGCCAGCAGAGAUAGUAAACGAAUAGUUGGAAGUAAUGAAUUAAAUGCAAUUAGAUGAUAUCUAAGUAGAAGCUUAGUAGAAUAUAGAAUUAAAUUAACUUAUGGAUAACAACAAUUUAUGUCAAAAAACCAAAAAUAAUAUAAAGCCUAAUUUAAAAAAACAAAAAACCUAACAAUAAAUUUAGAUUGACUCUAAAUUAAAUAACAGCUUUUAUUCAAGAAAUAUUCCUUCUUAAUCAUUCAAUUCUAUUGUUUAAGAUUAGAAAUAAGCUUAAAAAAUAACUGAAGAGGUUUUGCCUGAACCAAAAUAGAUAAAAAGAGGCAACAUAAGAAGAUAAACAACAAGACAAUAUUCACUUAUAUAUAAUGAAAAAGAUUAAAACUCUAAACCAUAAAAAAGGUAACAGAGGUAUAAUUAAAAUAGCGAGCAAUUUAGCUUAUUCACAGAAAAUAAAGCCGAUAAUGAGCCAUUUAAUUUAAAUUAGAGUUUUUAGGAUGAAUAAUAAACCUCAAACUAAAAAAUUUAAUUUAGGAGCAGUCAUAACUUAAAAGUACCAUCAAGCAACUUAAAUGCACAUCUUUCUCAAAAAAAUAUUUAACCCUAAUAGUAAUAGCAAUAACUUAGACAAAUGAAUAAGCACUAAAGAUCCAGUUUUUUCCAUGUUUAAGAAGCCCACCAAAGUUUGAAAGAAACAUAAAUUAUACAAGCUGAAAGAGAUUCGUUUGGACCAAAGAUUUAUAAUAAUUAUUAAAUUUCAAAUGUUUUUGACUAAAAAAAAAAUUUCUAAUAUUAAUAAAGUAACUAAAGAGAGAAUACAUAGAACAUAAAUUUUAUCUAAUAAUAAAUAAAUUCUUAGAAUAAUUUCUUAUUUCAUCUUGGAAUUAGAAAAGCUUUAUUAAGUUUUUAAGAUCUGAUAUAUUAAACAAAAAAUUGUAAUUAGCAAAAAUAAGUUUAAUCUUAAACUAAAAUAUAACUAACAAAUCAUAUUCAAAAUAAUUCAAAAAACUUUUUUCAAAUGUUCAAAUAUGUACAAAAAUAAUUCAUAGUCUUUUCAACAGAUUUUUCUGGAAUAUUUAUUGGCAGUUUAUUUAACAAACUGAAAGAAACACUUUACUAACAAGAAGUGAAGUUACUUAUACUUCUUCUAAAUGAAUAAGACUCUACAGAAGAGUAUAGUCAACUUCCAGAUUAAUACCAUCAAAAUGAAUGUGUAAUAAAAUUUUUUUAUGAUGGAUAAAAGCUUUUAUAAUAUCUUUACAAUUAGAGAGAGACUAAAAAUAUACAUUUGUUUCCUCUAAUUGUAGAACACUACUGA